UAAAAUAAUUAAUCAUUUCAAAUUAGACAGUAUACGCGAUACUUUAAUUCUGGCAGUGAACGAAGAAUUUGUUCCUUCGAAUACUACGCUAGUGCUUUCGGAAAAAGACGAAAUUGCUGUUAUACCGCCAUUAAGUGGAGGUUAAAAUGGAUACACCAAAGAACCUCGUGAGGCUGCUACAGGAAGAAUUAAAUGUCAGUGAAAUAAUUGAUUCAGUAUCAUCUCCUAGCUGUGGAGCCAUCUCCAAUUUUAUUGGUAUUACUCGUAAUAAUUUCGAAAAUAAAAAGGUUUUAAAGUUAGAAUACGAAGCAUACGUACCAAUGGCUAUAAAAAAGAUGAUUAAUAUUUGUACAGAAAUUCGUUCCCAGUGGAAUGUUCAUCAUAUUGCUAUAUAUCAUCGUCUUGGAGAGGUGGCAGUAUCCAAAGCAAGUGUAGUAAUUGCCAUUUCAUCUACUCAUAGAAAAGAGUCACUAAAAGCUGUUGAAUAUGCCAUCGAUGCAUUGAAGGCUUCAGUUCCAAUUUGGAAGAAAGAGGUAUACGAUACAGAAGCCAGUGAAUGGAAGGAAAACCAGGAAUGUGCUUGGUCAAAUUCUAGUGGUACAAGACAUCAACAAUCGGAUGGUGCCAUUACAGUGCCACACAAGGCUGAUAAAUCUGUGAUAGAAAACAUUAAUCUAGAUGGUGAGAAAGAGGAAGAGGAUGAAGAUUCUAAAGUUGUAAUCGAUCCAAACUUAGUUCAAAUUCGUGCCACAAAUCAAGAACUAUAUCAUAGAAUAGAAUCUUUCAUUGAGAGAAAACGUCAACAAGUAAAUAUCGUGAAUGUACAAGAAUUUUGUUGUCACAGAGAAAAAAAUGAUAAAACCGAGGAUUCUUGCGCAAGAGUAGACGCGAUUCUCAUUCGCCGGAAGGACUCUAAAAGUCACGUUAAGGUGCAUAGGGUACGUAACGCGUGGGGACCGCAAACAAUGGAUCACCUUAGUUUACAUAAAGCUACAAUGUCAGGAGCAAAUCAAACAAACCAUUGUCCUUCCGUGUUGGACGAUAGAAUUUCAACCGCCGAACGAAUUUUAGCGAUAAAUAGGCCUGUUCCCAAAGAUGUAUACGAGAGACUUAAAAAUAUCGAAGAUCGAAUAUUGUACUUAGAAGGGAUAUCUCCAGAAUACAAAGAGUUUUGGAAAGCAGAAGACAUCAAUAGCCUUAAAGGGACUUUUAAACCAGUUAGAAAAAGGACAUAUUCUAUGGCUGAGCUUGAUUCGAAAUUGCAAGAAUUAGAAGACAAAUACGCCAGAACAAUGAAGUAAUUUUUGCAAGUUGACAAUUAAUCUGUACAUUGUUGAUUUAUUGUAACUAUUUUUAACUGAUAUUAGAAAUAUAUGAUAUACAAUCAUUAAAAA